CUAUAUGUUUUAUCUUUUCCAUUAAAUUGGACAAAUUAUAAAAUCUGCCGGAAAUGCUUGACCCAUCCAAAAUUCCUCAUUCCUAAACCUCAAUUUCCCCAUCUUAUCGCGCUCACAAACGAAUCAAAAAAAGAAAAGAAAUAUACAGUCCAUUUUCCCCUCAGCAAUAAUGAAGGCUUCAUUGAAAGCUCGAUAUGAGCCGGAAAAAGCCGCCGCCGCCGCUACUGUCGCCUUCAACGCCGGCGACUUUAAGCUCAGAGCUUCCAUGACUGAUGCUACUGUUGUCAAAGGUCCCAGCUUAAACGGCUUAGCUCUCGCCGUUGAGAAACCCGGCUCAUUUAUCAUUGACUAUAACGUCCCUAAGAAGGACAUUAGGUUUCAGUUUAUGAACUCAAUCAAGGUUCUGGAGAAGCCAUUGAAUAUGAAUUACACCCAUUUUCAUGUAGACAAUCGAACAAUAUUGGAUGGAACUUUGGUGUUUGAUUCCGCAAACAAGGUGUCGGCUAAUCACGUGAUGGGCUCUGGAAGUUGCAAAUUGAAGUACACAUAUGUCCAUGGAGGAAUAACUACUUUCGAGCCCAUCUAUGAUACGGCUAAGAAUGCGUGGGACUUCAUGGUAUCACGUAAAGUUUAUGGGGACGAUGUGUUUAAGGCUACUUAUCAGACAACAAGCAGGAAUUUGGGGCUCGAAUGGUCCAGGAGUUCAAAGUUAAAUGGUUCGUUUAAGAUUUGUGCAUCUCUCUGUUUGCUUGAGGAAAGCAAAGUACCGAAGUUAAGUGCCGAGACUUCGUGGGACUUCGAAAUGUGAUUCUAUUUCUUCUGCAAUAAUUCAGAUACAACUACUUCUGGCUACUCAUCAUAGUUGGGUUUCAUCUAUUGUUUUCUAGCUCAAUUUGUUGAUUCACAAGUGGGCUGUUAUUAGUAUUGAUCCACAAUUUCUUUUCUUCCAUCUUCCGUUUAGACGCUUCCAUGUUUGAUGCUUUGGCUUUACCCAGCUUAAUGAUUUUCGCCUGAAGCUUGCCCCUUUAACACUCCAUCAAAAUGAUGGCUUUUGAGAUAUUCGAUCAGAAUCUUUUCGCGCUCU